AUGUCGUCGUUUUGGCGGAUUAUAUCAUCAUAUCUGAGGUCAUUCUGCCGUACCUACUAUAUCCGCCAAGGUGACGUCCCCAUACAGAAACAAUCUACACCAUUCAGCAACGUGACGCAUGGAGAAUUUGCAUUUACAACGAAAGAAUCAGGGAACUACAUAGCUUGCUUUUGGGCAGAUGCAAAGAGUCAUGGAAACAAAAAUGUUAGUAUCAACGUUGAAUGGAAAACUGGAAUCGCUGCUGAAGAUUGGGCUUCUAUUGCUAAGAAAGAGAAGCUCGAGAGAAGCAGACAUGAGGACAGUGAGUGA